GGGCCCGAGAGGGAGAUGGGGGAGAAAGUUUCUGAGGCGCCGGAGCCAGUGCCCCGCGGCUGCAGCGGCCACGGAGCCCGGACUCCCGCCCCUGCGGAGGCUGCCGCGUCCUCGCCGGGCGCUUCCUCGGCGGAGUCCUCCUCAGGCUCAGAAACUCUGUCAGAGGAAGGGGAGCCUGGCUUCUCCCGCGAGCAGCCGCCGCCGCCGCCGCCGCCGCCGCCGGGCGGCGCCCGGCCGCCCGCCGCGUGGGCUCCCGCGCGCGUGGUGCCGGAGCUCGGAGUCCCAUCGCCGCCGCCGCUCCCGGGAGGAGCCGCGCCACCUGCGCCCCGGGGCAGCAGCGCGUCCCAGGAGGAGCAGGGCGAGGAGCUUGACCACAUAUUAUCCCCUCCACCCAUGCCAUUUCGGAAAUGCAGCAACCCAGAUGUAGCUUCUGGUCCUGGAAAGUCGCUGAAGUUUAAAAAACAGCUCAGUGAGGAUGGAAGACAGCUGCGGCGGGGAAGCCUGGGAGGUGCUCUGACAGGGAGGUACCUGCUUCCCAACCCUGCGGCGGGGCCAGCCUGGCCUGCCUCUGCGGAGACGUCCAACCUCGUGCGCAUGCGCAGCCAGGCCCUGGGCCAGUCGGCACCCUCGCUGACGGCCAACCUGAAGGAGCUGAGUCUUCCCAGAAGAGGAAGUUUGAUAGAUUCCCAGAAGUGGAAUUGCUUGGUCAAACGUUGCCGGACCAGCAACCGCAAAAGCUUGAUAGGCAAUGGACAGUCGCCAGCGCUGCCUCGGCCCCACUCACCUCUCUCUGCUCAUGCAGGAAAUAGCCCUCAAGAUAGUCCGAGAAAUUUCUCCCCCAGUGCCUCUGCCCAUUUUUCAUUUGCACGGAGGACUGAUGGACGCCGCUGGUCCUUGGCUUCUCUCCCCUCUUCUGGCUAUGGGACAAACACGCCCAGCUCCACGGUCUCUUCAUCCUGUUCCUCCCAGGAGAAGUUGCAUCAGUUACCAUAUCAACCAACACCAGAUGAAUUACAUUUCUUAUCAAAACAUUUUUGUACCACGGAAAGCAUCGCCACAGAGAACAGAUGCAGGAAUACGCCCAUGCGUCCCCGUUCCCGAAGUCUGAGCCCUGGACGUUCUCCCGCCUGCUGUGACCAUGAAAUAAUUAUGAUGAACCAUGUCUACAAAGAAAGGUUCCCAAAGGCUACAGCGCAGAUGGAAGAGCGCCUAAAGGAAAUUAUCACCAGCUACUCUCCUGACCACGUUCUUCCCCUAGCAGAUGGAGUGCUUAGUUUCACUCACCAUCAGAUUAUUGAACUGGCUCGCGAUUGCUUGGAUAAAUCUCACCAGGGUCUCAUCACCUCACGAUACUUCCUUGAAUUACAGCACAAAUUAGAUAAGUUGCUGCAGGAGGCUCACAAUCGUUCAGAAAGUGGAGAAUUGGCAUUCGUUAAACAGCUAGUUCGGAAGAUCCUUAUUGUCAUCGCCCGCCCGGCUCGGUUAUUAGAGUGCCUGGAAUUUGAUCCUGAAGAAUUUUACUACCUACUGGAAGCGGCAGAAGGCCAUGCAAAAGAAGGACAGGGUAUUAAAACGGACAUUCCCAGGUACAUCAUUAGCCAGCUGGGCCUCAACAAGGAUCCUCUGGAAGAGAUGGCUCAGUUGGGAAACUAUGACAGUGGAACAGCAGAAACACCGGAAACAGAUGAAUCAAGCUCUAAUGCUUCCCUGAAACUUCGAAGGAAACCUCGGGAAAGUGAUUUUGAAACGAUUAAAUUGAUUAGCAAUGGAGCCUAUGGGGCAGUCUACUUUGUUCGGCAUAAGGAAUCGCGGCAGAGGUUUGCCAUGAAGAAGAUUAAUAAACAGAAUCUCAUCCUCCGAAACCAGAUCCAGCAGGCCUUUGUGGAGCGGGAUAUCCUGACUUUUGCAGAAAACCCUUUUGUCGUCAGCAUGUAUUGCUCCUUUGAGACGAGGCGCCACCUGUGCAUGGUCAUGGAGUAUGUGGAGGGGGGCGACUGUGCUACCUUAAUGAAGAACAUGGGUCCUCUUCCUGUUGACAUGGCCAGGAUGUACUUCGCUGAGACGGUCCUGGCCUUGGAAUAUCUACAUAAUUAUGGAAUUGUACAUAGAGAUUUGAAACCAGACAAUUUGCUGGUCACCUCCAUGGGGCACAUAAAGCUGACCGACUUCGGAUUAUCCAAGGUGGGCCUAAUGAGCAUGACUACAAAUCUUUACGAGGGUCAUAUUGAGAAGGAUGCUCGAGAGUUCCUGGACAAACAGGUCUGUGGCACACCUGAAUACAUUGCACCAGAAGUGAUUCUGAGGCAGGGCUAUGGGAAGCCGGUGGACUGGUGGGCCAUGGGGAUUAUCCUCUAUGAAUUUCUGGUUGGAUGCGUGCCAUUCUUUGGGGACACUCCCGAAGAGCUAUUUGGACAAGUCAUCAGUGAUGAGAUCAACUGGCCUGAAAAGGAUGAGGCACCACCACCCGAUGCCCAGGAUCUGAUCACCUUGCUUCUCAGGCAGAAUCCGCUGGAGAGACUGGGAACAGGUGGUGCAUAUGAAGUCAAACAGCAUCGAUUCUUCCGUUCUUUAGACUGGAACAGUUUGCUGAGACAGAAGGCAGAAUUCAUUCCCCAGCUGGAAUCCGAAGAUGACACAAGUUAUUUUGAUACUCGAUCAGAGAAGUACCAUCAUAUGGAGACUGAGGAAGAAGAUGAUACAAAUGACGAAGACUUUAAUGUGGAAAUAAGGCAGUUUUCCUCAUGCUCACACAGGUUUUCAAAAGUUUUCAGCAGUAUAGAUCAGGUGACUCAGAAUUCAGGAGAAGAGAAGGAAGAUCCCGGAGACAAAACCAAAAGCACGACUUUGCCAUCCACGGAAAUGUUAAGCUGGAGUUCAGAGUAUUCUGAAAUGCAACAGCUAUCCACAUCCAAUUCUUCGGAUACUGAAAGCAACAGACAUAAACUUGGGUCUGGCCUGCUUCCCAAACUGGCUAUUUCAGCAGAGGCAGAACAAGAAGAGGCUGCUCCCCACCCCAGAGAGCUGCAUGAACAGCCAGAAAAGCCAGCCCUCCCUCCUGAGGAGGGUGGUCAGGAGGAGCCCGAGGUCACCACCCCCGCCAGCACCAUCAGCAGCUCCACCCUGUCAGUUGGCAGUUUUUCAGAGCACUUGGAUCAGAUAAAUGGACGAAGCGAGUGUGUGGACAGUACAGAUAAUUCCUCAAAGCCCUCCGGUGAACCCGCUUCUCACAUGGCUCGGCCGCGAUUAGAAAGCACAGAGAAAAGGAAAAUCUCGGGGAAAGUCACAAAGUCCCUUUCUGCCAGUGCUCUGUCCCUCAUGAUCCCAGGAGACAUGUUUGCUGUUUCUCCACUGGGGAGUCCAAUGUCCCCCCAUUCCCUGUCCUCGGACCCUUCUUCUUCACGGGAUUCCUCUCCCAGCCGAGAUUCCUCAGGAGCUUCUGCCAGUCCACAUCAGCCCAUUGUGAUCCACAGUUCAGGGAAGAACUAUGGUUUCACCAUCCGAGCCAUCCGGGUGUAUGUGGGAGACAGUGACAUCUACACGGUGCACCAUAUUGUUUGGAACGUAGAAGAAGGAAGUCCAGCUUGCCAGGCGGGACUGAAGGCUGGGGAUCUGAUCACACACAUCAAUGGAGAACCAGUGCACGGACUUGUCCACACAGAAGUUAUCGAGCUCCUGCUAAAGAGUGGAAAUAAGGUGUCAAUCACAACCACUCCAUUUGAAAAUACAUCAAUCAAAACAGGACCAGCCAGGAGAAACAGCUACAAGAGCCGGAUGGUGAGGCGGAGUAAGAAAUCUAAGAAGAAGGAAAGUCUAGAAAGGAGGAGAUCCCUUUUCAAAAAACUAGCCAAGCAGCCUUCUCCUUUACUCCACACCAGCCGAAGCUUCUCCUGCUUGAACCGAUCGCUGUCAUCAGGGGAGAGCCUCCCAGGGUCCCCCACUCACAGCUUGUCUCCCCGAUCCCCUACACCCAGCUAUCGCUCCACCCCUGACUUCCCAUCCGGUACUAACUCCUCCCAGAGCAGCUCCCCAAGCUCUAGUGCCCCCAACUCCCCAGCGGGGUCAGGGCACAUCCGGCCCAGCACGCUCCAUGGUCUGGCCCCCAAACUCAGUGGGCAGCGGUACCGGUCCGGAAGGCGGAAGUCGGCAGGUAGCAUCCCGCUCUCCCCGCUGGCCCGGACACCCUCGCCCACGCCACAGCCCACCUCCCCUCAGCGGUCACCAUCCCCUCUGUUGGGACACUCACUUGGCAACACCAAGAUUGCCCAAGCCUUCCCCAGCAAAAUGCACUCCCCUCCGACCAUUGUCAGACACAUCGUGCGGCCCAAGAGUGCAGAGCCCCCGCGGUCCCCCCUGCUCAAGCGCGUGCAGUCGGAGGAGAAGCUCUCCCCCUCCUACGGCAGUGACAAGAAGCACCUGUGCUCCCGCAAGCACAGCCUGGAGGUCACCCAGGAGGAGGUGCAGCGGGAGCAGUCCCAGCGGGAGGUGACCUUGCAGAGCCUGGAGGAGAAUGUGUGUGACACGCCUGCCCUCAGCCGGGCCAGGCCCGUGGAGCAAGGCUGCCUGAAACGCCCUGUGUCCCGGAAGCUGGGCCGCCAGGAGUCUGUGGAUGAGCUGGACCGAGAGAAGCUGAAGGCCAAGGUGGUGGUGAAGAAACCCGACGGGCUCCCAGAGAAACAGGAGCCCCACCCAAAACCCCACGGACUUGGCAGUGAUUUGGAAAAUCUUCCCACUUUUAGACUGGAAGAGAGAGAGAAGAAAAUCUACCCGAAGGCUUCAGAAAGGUCAAGUCACUUUGAUAACAAAGCAGCCAUGCAGGAGGCCCAGGCACCGGGCAGCCUGCUGAAAGAUGCUCUCCAUAAGCAGGCCAGUGCGCGGGCCAGUGAGAGGGUCUCCUUGGAGGGGGCGGCAGCACCCAGGGACCACAGCCAGGGCACCUGUGACCUCAAACGAGCCUCGGCUCACAGCACCCUCCAAGACGGUCUCUGUCACUCCACUAACAGGUCCACCUCCGGGAAGGGUGACAACUCAGAGAAGGACCCCCAGGCCAAGGAGGGCCUCCGGGGUGAGAAGUUAGACAGCAAGCUCGCCAACAUCGAUUACCUCCGAAAGAAAGUGUCACUUGAAGACAGAGAUGACAGCCUUGGCCCUGUGCUCAAGCCCAAACUGACCCCCAGCACCCACGAAUGCUUGCCAGGGAGCCCGGGCCGGCCGGCAGGAGGGCAGCAGGAGGCCCCGGCAGCCUCCGAGAGCCGUGCGCCGUUCAUCAGCAGUGCCCACACGGCUCAGAUCAGCGCCAUCUCCUUUGUCCCUCUCAAGGCCCUAGCUGGCCGGGUGGACAGUGGAGUGGAGAAGCCGGGCUUGAUUGCUCCUGAGUCACCUGUCCGGAAAAGCCCCUCCGAGUAUAAGCUGGAAGGGAGGUCUGUGUCGUGUUUGAAGCCAAUUGAGGGCACUUUGGACAUUGCUCUCCUGUCUGGACCGCAGGCCUCCAAGACGGAGCUGCCUUCCCCAGAGCCGGCACAGAGCCCCAGCCCGUGCAGUGACCUGGGGCCCCCUGUGCUGCUGGCUCCCCCCAGCAGCGGGGGGAGGAAGAGUGAGACUGUAGGUCAGAGGGAGUCCUCCCCUGCUGGCUUCAAGGUGAGCAAAUCUUACCUGCUCGAGCCCCGGUUCCUGCCCACCAGCCGGGGUCUGCAGAGUUCACCCACAGCUCCCCUGCCUGACCCAGAGCUGAAGCUGGACAGGAAGGCUUCCCACACAGCCAGGACCCCGGCGAUUGUCAUGGAAAGUGAUCCCCAGCGGAGAGAGGGCAGCCUCAGUCAACACCAAGACCACAGCAGUCCUGAUGUUAAGCUCCUUCCCUUCCUGGGGCAGAACCUCCAUGGCACUGAGCUAUCUAGAUUGCACAGCACUCUCCUACCCGAAGGAGCCCCCUCCAGGGAGAAGCAUAGUGGGAGGGAGUCAUCCGAGAAGGGCCCUUCCUCAGCCAGAAGUGAGCGGUCGGCUGCAAGGGCUGAUGUCCGCAGAGACCCCUCCAAGGAGCUGUGUCUGCCAGACGCUGCUAAAACCAUUGACAACUCCAAAACCCUCCCGGCUGUGGAGAGGACCUGCCCAGAUGUCUACACCCAGAUCCAGGCCAUGGAGAAAGCAUGCGGGCCUUGUGGGAAAGCAAACCCCAAAGAUGGCCGAGAUGAGGUGAGGCUGUUGGCCAGAGAGGACUCCUCUUUGCACUUGGCAGGGACUCCUUGUGAGAGGGAGCUGGGCAAGGGAAGGAGCGGCCUGGAGCCCAAGCCGGAAGCCACUCCUGCCCGGUGGUCUCUGGAGCCACCCAGGACGGAGAGUGCGAAGAAUGCAAAGCUCUCUGGUUUCCCAGCUUUGCAGAAAGACAGUCCCAGGGAACCAGAAAAGAAAGAGCAGCCCUUACAGAAGCACCUCAGCAGUAGCCCUCAGCAAUCCCCCACCACCAAAGAGCUGCCUGGCCUGGCUGCUCGGCAGCAUUGCAGUUCAGCAAGCCACCCUGCAAGCAGAGAGCUGGGGAGCAAGCCCUGUGCUGCAGACCCCAGCCUGGGCUUCCAGGACCCUCCCAAGCCCACUGCUGCCAUGCACAGUGAAAGCAGCAGCCAUAAGCCCAGGCCUGGCCCAGACCCAGGCCCUCCAAAGUCCAAGCACCCAGACAGGCCACUCUCCUCCCAGAAGCCAAGUGUUGGGGCUGCAGUGGGCAAAGACCCUGGUGCCCAGGCCCCCAGUGGCCCUGGCCGAGAGGGGAAGGGCAGCAUUAAGAGUGUGUUGGAGGUGUUCACAGGCCCCCAGGCCACAGCUAGCAGUGUGACUGGCCAGGGAGGAAGUGGACCCUCAGUCCCCCUGCACACAGAAGGGGGUCCUCUAGACACCAAGCUGAGACCCACCAGUGGUGGGCAUCCCCCAGAGAUGCUGCAGAAGCCUGAGCAUCUGCCUCGGCAGGGACACUCAGGGGCCAGUGAGUCGGUGGACCAGAAACUUCCCACUGUCGGGGAAAAGCAAAACCCAUCUCCAAAGCCCCAAAAACCAUCCACUGUGAAAGACUGCACCCCUCUGUGCAAACAGACAGACAGGAGCCUGAGUCUGCUGGCCUCCAGCACAGAUGGGAAGUCUGAAGGCAAGAAAUGCACCGAAGCACUUUACGCCCCAGCGGAUGUCGGGAAGCUGGAGACCAGCCUUGCCCCGGCGGACAUCGGGAAGCUGGAGACCAGCCUUGCCCCGGCGGACAUCGGGAAGCUGGAGACCAGCCUUGCCCCGGCGCCCAGUGAGGCCAAGUCCAAGGGCGCGGAGAGGCCAGCAGCGGCCGCGGAGAGGCCAACAGCGGCCGCGGGGAAGAGCUGUCCAGAGGCCAAGGGGAAAGGGCCCAGUCCCCAGAAGCCGCUGACUGAGGCGGGCAAGCCCAGUGGCAUGAAACGGUCGCCCUCAGCCAUGGGGCAGAGCUCUUUCCACUGUGCUGCCCUCCCAGAGAAGUCUUUGAGCUACUCUUCCAGCUUUCCUGAGGCCAGACUGGGGAUUCGAGAAGCUUCUCCAACCUGCGGCGAUAACUCCUCUGCCCAGGCUGGCGGGGCUGCGGCUGAGCCCCCAGGCUCCAGCAGCAGGGACCAUAGGAAGUCACUGCCUGCGGGAGACGGCAGAACCCAGAUGACAAAGAGCGACUCCCUGCCAUCCUUCCACAACUCAGUCAUCACUCUGGAGUCGCAUCACCCCAACCCAGGCGUGGUGGGGGCCGCUGGCCACCGGGACAGGGCCCUCUCAGGAGCAGCCCCCUCAGGAGAAACCAAAGGGAAAGAGCCAGCCCCCACCCAGCCUCCUCAGACUAGGAAACAGAAUGUGGGCAGAGAGGUGACUAAGCCGUCCCCAGCUCCAAACACUGAGCAUCCCAUCGCCCUUACAUCUGAGAAGGACUCGGGGCUGCGGCAGAGACGGGGAAAAGAGAGUUUGCGAGGCAGCCCUCACAAAAAAGCCUGGUGAUGGAGCAGGUCCGGGGCGAGACUGGGAGACCCAGUCUGCGCCUGCGUUUGUAACUGCAUCUUGUUGACCUUGGAAACCAGCACUGCGUGGGAACGCCCCCCAGGCAGAGCCCGGAGCCUCCUUGAAGAACGUGGGAGAGAAGGGAUGGAGAGAAAGAGGGGACCUUCUUCCAAAUGCCUUCCCAAUUGUAACCGGUAAACUGUUACCAGAUAGUGUUUGUACGAGAAAAAAAAAAAAAAACACAAAACCUAAACAGCAACAACAAUCUUUACAGUUGAGGUUGAGGGUUGUUGAGGGAAAAGAUUUUCUCUGUAAAUAUCUAGCAGUGUGUUUGGUUUGGGAUGUAGAGCCAAUUCCUUGCUGCUGAUGGCGUCGUUUACUACAGAUUUUUUUUUUUUUAAUAAGAUUCUUGCUUUACCAUUGAUCAUAAUGCAGGAAUGAAGUAAAAUGGUUGAAACUGGGUGUGUGUAAAAGUAUAGAUACACCCAUAUUUGUGUAUAUACACAUCCACCCACAUGUUUUGGUCUGUGGUUGAAAGGAAUAUUUCAAGGCUACCUUUUUCUAAGUUGAAACAUUCUAACUAGAGUUGAUGAUUAAAGAAAGCCCGAAAUACACUAGAUUGUGAGUUUUUAAUGUGUAUUUUUAACCAGAGAUUUUGAUAGUACUGUGUCUGGCUACCUAUAUUUCCAGAUCUAAAGCAAGAACUACUUGAAUGGCUGCAUUUGGAAUCCUCCUCCAUCAGGAAUGGCCAGAGCAGAUGGAGCUAGCCAUGUUCAUUUCACAGUCAUCCUCAUGGCCAUUUUGAUCCUGGGUCCAACUGUCUGAAAGGCCAGUGGUCCUUGUCUGUGGGUGUGUAUGUCAGGUCUUCACUGUAGGUAGAGCAGGGGCUAUAAACACGUGUCGACUUUAUUUCCAUUCUCUUGCUUUUCCCUUCUUUUCAUGCUCUUAAACUCAGGCCUUUAUGCUACGAGUCCCUAGUCCAAGAAGCACACAUUUUGUAGUAGUUCUGCACCAGCCCUGCUCUUGAACAAAGAGGAAAGUUACUGGCCGCACACAAAUCUGCUAGCACUUAGGUUGAAUAAUAAGUAUCAAGGCAUUGGAAGAGGUUUUAAAUUUGCUUUUUUGAGGACAAGUUGGGGGGGGUGUGGAUUUUGACAUCAUAGCGUAUAUACUAAGGAAUAAUCAGGACAUCAGAUACAUUUUAAUACAUAGCUGGGGCCUUACGUUGUAGAUGAAGCUUGCUGUUUUUAGCAAGUUCCUGGGUUUCACAUUCAUUUCUGUGCAUCAGGUAGCUCCAUACAUUUCAUAACAUGGUCUCUUUAUUUGUAUGCAAAAAAAUACUGUAUUAACAAAGAGCAGCAUUUUUGUAACAAAAAAAGAUUUGUUGGAGCUAUUUGGUGCUUGAAUGUGCCUGUCCUUUUUACUUUUGCUAAGCCUUAUUUAAAUUUUGUAUACCAUGGACUGUAGAAUUUGUCCAGUCAUUUUAGUGCUGAGGGGGUCUUUUUGUUUGUUUUUUUUCGUUGUCGCAGUUUUCCUGGUGACUUGUUUUGUAUUGUAAGACGGCACUUGCUGACAUAAAUACUAAGGCACUAAGAGAAAAUACACACAGAGAAGUAUUUCUAAGAUGCUUGGGAUCCACAGCAGGAUUUUUUCGUUUUGUAAGAGGAAAAAAAAAUUACCAAUAAAUAUAAUCCAGCACCCAGCCCCCCUCGGGGAUGUCUUAGUAUCUUCAGGCUAUAAAAUUGUUCAUCUAGCACAGCAUCAUCUUACAGCCCUGUGGAUUGUAAAUCGUUUAGCGAGGCUGUAAACUCCACUCCGAAAACAAAGACAUAACUUAACCGACUGCUUAGUUGUUCUUCAUUGUAAAAUGAGUAGGCGAUGGCAAGAAAAAGACAAAGUUUCCUCCUUGCCCCUCAUUUUUUUUCCCAUGUGGUUUUAGCCAUUCCCCAUCACUGUGCUGUGAAUUGUAGAAGAAACAAAGAUUUUGAAAGAACUUAAAUGGGUUUUACAAAUGGUCUCAACAUUUAUAAUUCAUACCUGUGUUUGGCAGUUGUCAUAACCUAAUCCUUCUGCACUCAGACAUCUAGACAGGUCUGUCGGGGAGGUCGUUCAUGGUUUACAGCCUUUGCUUUUUAACUGUCCAGUUUCCUUUAAAGCACAACUUAGCUGCUUGUUUACAAAUGAUAUUUUUAUGUAUAUUUGUAUAGUGUAUCACCGUUUUUGCCAAAUAUGUUUUUGCAUUUUGGAUGGCUACAGAGUACCUAAGGUUGCAUUCACGUAGUACCUGUUUGUUGUAAACCUCUCCACUCAGCUGGUAGAAGUUCUCCUGUGUUCUCUUUAGUCAGUCUCCUGUGAUUGUUAAGACGUGCUCCUCAGUAGUACUCCCAGCUGUAGAUUUACCAGCUUAAAAGUUUGUUAGGAUCUGUGCAAUAAAGUGUUUGCAGUCUUAUUUUCUCUAAGAAAUUCCCUAUGGAUGUCAUAAUUGUUGUAUAUUGGACAAAUAUUUAUACUUAUGCAGUUGCAUAACAUUGAAAUAAAAAUUUAGCAUGAAAAGAUAA